AUGGUUCACGAGCUUGUUCAGUCUGUCGAGGCUUGGAGAGAUUGCCCAGAGGCCACCCUGUAUCAGGACUACCUGAAAUACUGCACGUCAAUUUUCGUGGAAAAUCUGCGCAAGCUGGGCAACGGGAGCGACAUUUGCCUCUGGCCUGACGCAACUCCUGCAGCUAUGGAACCGUACAACCAGCUGACGCGCUGCCUGGAAAUCGUCGGCAACGAGACCAACUGCAAAGAGAGGAUGGUCUUCAACAGGUUCAUGCUGGCCAUCCACCGACGCUUCUACUCCAACUGCGAGACCCCGCCGGAGAAACCGAAGGACGCCCCGAAGAAGAUCAUAGCGUCCUUCGUCAGCCUGACGACCGUGACGACUCUGUUGGCGGCAGGACUGUUGGCGGGCUCCGACUACAUCCACAAGGCCAGCUGACAUAAAACGGGGUCCUGUACACAGCAGGACUCCACUGGCCGGGAUUCAGCCGAAAACCCGGAGAUGAUACCUAACGAAAACCCCGAGACGACACCUGAAGAUGACUUGAAACCUCCUGGUGAGACCACUGGCCGGGAUUCAGCCGAAAACCCCGACACGAUACCCAACCAAGAUUUAGGCGAAAACACCGAGACGAUACCUAAAGAUGAGUUGAAACACCCAAGUGAGACCACUGGCUGGGAUUCAGCCGAAAACACCGAGACGAUACCUAAAGAUGACUUGAAACUUCCUGCUGAGACCAUUGGCCGGGAUUUAGGCGAAAACCCCGAGACGAUACCUAAAAAUGAGUUGAUACCACCUGAUGAGGUAAUCGACCAGGGUCUGUACGGUACGGAGGUAUAACAAAGACUGAAAAGUUGUUUGCUUUUGGUUUUUAC